AUGGAUAUUUAUGGAGAUGGAGCCAAUGAAAUUCUCCUUUCAAAAGUCCUUAAAAAACGUCGUAAUGAAGUGUUUCUUUGUUCAAAAUUUGGCGCUGUUAUGAGUCCAAAUGGUGAAUUUAAAGGUAUAUCAAGUACAUCAGAAUACGUUCACCAAGCUUGCGAAAAUUCUUUAAAAAGAUUAUAUCGAUCUUUAUUAUCAACACCAAAAAAAAUAUUAUUCAUAAAAAUGUCACUCUUCACUCCGCAGAUUAAUAAUACUAUCAAAGAGCUUAUAAAAGUAUUGGGACAUCUUCCUAACUUUUGUGAAAAAAUUUGUGAAAAAGUUAAUGAACAAUAUGCUACGAAUUUUACUUCAAACCAAGUCCGUCAAUAUUUGAAAGACGAGUUACAAGUAAAAAUACCACAAAAUAGAUAUGCUCCCUUCAAUGAGCAGAUUGACAAUUCUAUUAAAGAAUUUAUGAAAAAGUUUGGUCAGUCAUCCAACCCAUAUGUGAAGGUUAGAAAAAAUAUUAAUAAACUAUAUAGUACGAAUUAUACUUCAAAACAAAUUCGUCAACGUUGGAGAAAUAUACUCAACACAGAUCUUUGUUUUGAACCUCUUAGUGAGGAUGAAAAAUCAUUUAUUGUCCAAUGGGCUGAAAGUAAACCACAAGGAGAUACGAUACGUUGGAAAGAAUUAAUUCCCUUGAUGAAAACGAAAUUCAAGAAAUUGCGCUCCGAAAAUAAGGUUAAAAACUUUUGGAGCAUACGAAAAAGAAUUCAAGAAAUAUCUAAAGCGAAAUCGGAAACCGAGAACUCAAGGAAAAGAAAAGGAAGUCCUAAUGGAGAUUCGAAUGCAAUACUAAUGGAUACUUCCCCCAAAAGUGAAGAGAACAUCAUUCAUUUACCUCCUUUGAACGCAAGACCGUUGGAAACUUCAUUCAUAAGCGAAGAGAAAAUUCAUUUACCUCCUUUGAACGCAAGACCAAUGGAAACUUCAUUCAAAAGUGAAGUGAGAAUUCAUUUACCUCCUUUGAACGCAAGACCGUCGAUGGAAACUUCAUUCAAAAGCGAAGAGAGAAUUCAUUUACCUCCCUUGAACGCAAGACCAAUGGAAAUUUCAUUUAAAAAUGAAGUGAACACACCUCCAUUAAACAGAAUGGAAAUUUUAUGCUGGGCUGCUGAUGAGGCGUACAAACGUGAUUACCCCACUAAGUAAUAAUGAAUUAAUUCGGCCGUGCCGAUCUAUUCCCUUUAAAAUGUAUACUCGCAUGUUUCCAAAUUUAAUUACCUAUAAAGUUGCGGUAAUUAU